AUGGAUAGAAGGUCUGCUAGAAUAAAAGCAGAGUUAGAAAGAUAUGGUUGGAGAGUUUCAAAGAAGUUUAAAUAUAGGAAGGGAAGACCCAUAAAAGUCUAUGACAAAUUGUCUGGUCUUCGCUACGAAAUGGAUUUGGAAACAGCACGUGCAAAUUAUCCAAACAGACUAGAGAGGUUAGAAGAAGAACGUCUUAUGGACAUGCCUUUCGAUGUUAGUGAACCUCAAGUUGAAGGACACGACGGCUUUGCCAGAUUCUACUGGAAACAUGACGAACAAUUGCAUCCUUUGAGAAGGAAAAAAGGAAAAGGUGAAGACGCACAUGCUCCCAUGGAAAGAACAAGAUAUGCAUAUGAAAAGUAUCGUGAAGUUAGAAGUCAAAUUACAUCUGGUCGAACCUUUACAGUAAACUUUGACGAAGGAAAGAACAAAGAAGGCUUCAUGGGA